CACAGAGAAGUGCGAGACAGAUUGAGGGAAGUGAUAUGUCAAGUAGCAUUGGUUUUGCCACCUGGGGGACAAGCACAGAGAUUAUCUUCAACAACACCCACGGGGCACAAGGUCCAUAGCUAUAAACCUGAGUUACAGCAACCCUCUAAACCAUCCUCUGUAAUAGAAUUAAGCAAACCCUCCACAGUAGAUUGGGUUGGAAGCUCUUGAGACCCCCAAAAGGAGAAGACGACCAAAGGAAAAUGGCGAACCUGGGUAUCAGACACUGGACGGAACCUCAGUUCUUCAAGCCCAUCUUGCCUCCAUUUCAACGACUUUCAAUACCAAAAGCGUUUCUGAAGCAUCUGGUGGAUGAGAUGUGUGAGGAAGGAGUAGGAGAAGCCACAUUGAGGAACCAUCAAUGUGCCCAGAAAUCCUGGCGUGUGAAGGUGAAAGGUUUCUGUUUUACGAAGGGCUGGAACGAUUUCUUUCGGGAUAAUGAUCUUGGCCUCGGUGAUUUCUUGGUGUUCACAUAUAAAGGUUCCAUGGUCUUUGAUGUUAAGAUCUUCGACCGAAGCUGCUGUGAGAAAAAAUACCACUAUCCUCCAGCAACACCUGUUAAAAUGGAAACCCACAAGCAUCCUCCAGCAACCCUUGUUAAAAUGGAAACCCAGAAGCAUCAAGAGAGAGACCAUAACCAAUCUGGGGAUAAAGAAAUCAAGAUUAAUAAUCUUUCAAAUGGGCGAUUCAGGACUCUUCCCUGCAAUGGAUCAAAGAACAAUGAUCAGAUUAGGAUUGGAACCCACAAUCCAUUCUUUGAGAUCUCACUCAGGCCAUAUUACUUUAAGGAGCGUCGUUUGGUGAUUCCUCGGCACUUCGCGAGAUUGAUUGGUUUGAUGGGGAAAAGCUUCAUAACAACUCUGAGAGAUGGAAAUGGAAGAUCAUGGGUGGUGGAGUUGAAAUACAACAGUAAAAGAACCCUCCACUUAUUGGGUGAUUGGGCUGAAAUCUCAUCUGUAAAUGGAUUGAAAGUAGGUGAUACCUGCAAAUUUGAACUCAUUCGUAGGGGAAAGUUGCAGGUCAUGGAGUUUCGCAUAGUAUAAACUUUGAAUCCGGCCAUGGAAACUUGAGUUCAUGAAAAAAUUAUGGUGUUCCAUGUUUUGUUUUUGAGUAGCUGAUUACUAUAUUUUCACUAAUAUGACUAAUGAUAUUUGAUA